AUGGUCGUUGAAGGAGCUAAAGCAAACAAGAAUGUUCUCAAUAAGCUUGUCACGUCAGGCCCUUUCCAGCGGCUCUCUGGUUAUGCCACUGGAGUGUUCAAAACAUGGGCGCCGAAACUCUAUGCCUACUGCAGUUCGCAAUUUGACCGCCUCCUUUCAAGUGAUAGCUCCCUCGUUCAACUUUUUGACAACAGCGUACUUGCAUCCGCUGCUUUCAACUUCGGUCCGUGCACAGUGUGUUUGCCCCACAUUGACUUCGGCAACCUGCCUUUUUUGUGGUGCUGGAUAUGGUCACUUGGUUCAUACAGCUGGAAGAAGGGUGGACAUCUCAUUUUAUGGGACUUGGAGAUAGUUGUCGAGUUUCCACCGGGUUCUCUGGCUGCAAUACCUUCAGGUGUUUGUAGGCACGGAAAUACUCGUAUUCGGAAAAGUGAAACUCGAUAUUCCUUCACACAGUAUACGUCGGGAGGUAAUUUUCGCUGGGUGGAUCAUGGGUUUCAGUCAGAAGAGGCCUACAAGGCUUCCCUAUCUGCUGCAGAGGCUCGAGAAGAGAAGUUACGCAAAAAACACCGUUGGGAAAUGGGUCUCAGUUUAUUUUCUACAUUGGAUGAGCUUGGUUUGCAAUAA